CACCGAUGCAACUUUCGAAAAAAAACUUUAGCCACCAAUGCUCCAUAUUAAUUUGACUUCCACAAAAUUCAGACCAUUUCACUCACUUCAGUUCUUUCUCUCUCUUCAUUGUCUCUCUCUACAAAACAGCAUAUGUCCCAUUAAUGGCUGCGUCCAUAGGAACCUUAAGAUUAUGGGACAAUGUUCUUGAGUUAACAAAGAAAUCACAAGAUAAGGGCAGUGAUCCACUCUUAUGGGCAAUUCAUCUUUCUUCACAAUUAAACUCAGCUGGUGUCUCUCUUCCUUCACCAGAUUUAGCAAAUCUUUUGGUUUCCCACAUUUGUUGGGACAAUAAUAAUCCAAUUUCAUGGAAGUUUCUGGAAAAAGCUUUGAUCUCCAACAUAGUCCCCCCUUUGCUUGUUCUUGCUCUUUUAUCUACCAGGAUUAUUCCAAAACGACAAACCCAACCUGCAGCAUUUCGGUUAUACAUGGAACUCCUUAAAAGACACGCGUUCAAACUCAAAUCACACGUAGAAUCCAGAAACUACGAAGUGAUCAUGAGUUCAAUAGACAAUGUUCUCCACCUUUCUCAGAUAUACGGUAUCGAAGUCAAAGAUCCCGGUAGUAUAUUACUCGAGUUCAUACUUUCAAUCGUUUGGCAGUUAGUAGAGGCAGCGUUAGAAGAUGAGGGGCUUCUAGAACUUACCGGAGAACGAAAAUUCAAAUGGAACGUACCUCAAGAUAUGGAGUUAGAUGGUUCCGGAAGCUACGGUGGAAAGAGGAAUGAAUACCAGGAGAUUUUGCAAAGAGGAAAUACGCUUAUGGCGGUUGAGCUGAUCGGGCUUUUCCUGCAAAACAAAGUAACUUCCAGGAUUCUUUUUUUGGCACGCCGAAACAUGCCCACACACUGGCGAACGUUAGUUCAAGAUAUAGAGGUCCUUGCCGUUAACUCUUCAGCGCUGAGAAAUUCAAAAGUUUUGACACCAGAAAUCCUGCUUCAAUCAAUAUCAGAUGAUCGUAAAAUCGGGUCCGAAGAAACAAAAGCAAAUUAUUUGCAAGAAAUUCAAACGAUAAUAUCUUCAUCUUCCGGUAUUUCUCAUAAAGUUAGUGGUUCUUCUCUAUGGAUUUCUAUCGACCUUGCGCUUGAAGAUGCAAUGGAUGGUUCACAAGUUGAUACAACAAGCGCCAUUGAGAUUAUCACACGUCUUGUAAAAGGUCUUCAAGCCUUAAAUGACACCAGAUGGUAUGACUGUUUUCUUGGUCUUUGGAUGGCAGCUCUUCGUCUUGUUCAAAGGGAAAGAGAUCCGAUUGAGGGUCCUAUGCCUCGUUUAGAUACUCGAUUAUGCAUGUUAUUGUCUAUUACACCUCUAGUGGUUUCUGAUUUGCUUGAGGACGAAGACAGCGCACCGCAAAACAAUAUAUAUUGCCAAACGACACAAGAUCGUAAAGAAGAUCGCCGUAGGGAGUUGGUAUCGAGUUUACAGAUUUUGGGUGAUUAUCAUAGCUUGUUGACUCCACCUCAGCCAGUUAUCGCUGCUGCCAAUCAGGCGGCUGCAAAAGCAUUGAUGUUUGUUUCAGGAAUUGACGUCGGUAGUAGUGCAUACUUUGACUUGGUCAACAUGAAAGAUAUGGCAAAUAACUUCUCUGGAAACUUGCACCAUUUGAUCGUUGAGACUUGUAUCGCAAGAAAUCUGUUGGACACGUCAGCAUACUUCUGGCCAGGUUACGUGACAGGUCAUGUUAACCAAAUACCUCACAGCAUGCCAGCUCAAGUCCCGGGCUGGUCAACAUUUAUGAAAGGAGCACCAUUGACUCCAGUCAUGGUGAACGCUCUCGUUUCUGAACCUGCUUCAAGCUUAGCAGAGCUUGAGAAGGUGUUUGAGAUUGCAGUUAAAGGGUCAGACGAUGAGAAAGUUGCAGCCGCUACUAUUCUAUGUGGGGCCUCUUUAAUCCGAGGUUGGAAUGUUCAGGAGCAUAGUGUUUACUUCAUCACCCGAUUAUUAUCACCUCCACCGCCCGCAAAUUAUUCCGGGAAUGACAGCCAUCUUAUCGCUUACGCUCCCAUGUUGAAUGUUCUUCUUGUCGGUAUAGCACCUAUCGACUGCGUUCAGAUCUUCUCUUUACACGGGCUUGUUCCGCAGCUUGCGGGUUCGUUAAUGCCGAUCUGUGAAGUAUUUGGAUCAUGCGUAGCGAAUAUAUCAUGGACUCUCGCAACCGGAGAAGAAAUGUCGGCACACGCCGUGUUUUCGAACGCGUUCGCACUUCUUCUAAAGCUGUGGAGGUUUAACCACCCACCGCUUGAAUACGGAGUCGGAGACGUUCCUCCAGUGGGAUCGCAACUCACUCCCGAAUACAUUCUGUUGAUGCGAAAUUCCCAGUUAGUUUCUUCCGGUAGCGUAUACGAGGAUCGAAACCGACGGAGACUAUCGGCGGUUGCGAAAAUAUCGUGUCCGGAUCCGAUAUUCUUGGAUUCAUUCCCGAAACUAAAAGCGUGGUACCGUCAACAUCAAGCGUGUUUAGUUUCUACCCUUUCUGGUCUGCGCCAUUCACCGGUUCAUCAGAUUGUUGAUAGCCUUUUAAGCAUGAUGUUUAGAAAGAUAAACGGAAAUAAACCGUUGGAUUUCGUAUCGGAAAGUAGUAGCUCAUCACUCGGAAGCGAAGAUGCGUCUUUACGACCUAAACUUCCUGCUUGGGACAUUCUUGAAGCGGUUCCUUUUGUUGUUGAUGCUGCUCUCACUGCGUGCACGCAUGGAAGACUAUCUCCUCGUGAACUGUGUACAGGGCUUAAAGAUUUGGCGGACUUUCUUCCCGCAUCGUUGGCGAUCAUCGUGAGUUACUUCUCAGCUGAAGUGUCGCGUGGUGUCUGGAAACCGGUAUUCAUGAACGGAACCGAUUGGCCAAGUCCCGCUGCAAAUCUUUCGAUUGUCGAAGAACAUAUCAAGAACAUUCUGGCUGCUACAAACGUCAAUGUUCCGCGCCUGUUUGCAGGGAUAAGUUCACCAUUUACACUUCCAUUGCCAUUGGCCGCCUUUCUAAGCCUCACGAUUACCUACAAACUCGACACAUCAUCGCAACGGUUUCUCAAUCUCGCGGGUCCAGCACUCGAGUCACUCGCAGCCGGUUGCCCGUGGCCAUGUACUCCGAUCGUUGCUUCUUUAUGGACCCAAAAAGCGAAAAAAUGGACGGAUUUUCUCGUAUUUUCAUCGUCUCGUACGGUUUUCCUGCAUGAUAAUCAUGCGGUAGCUCAGCUUCUUAAAAGUUGCUUCACCGUGACACUUGGGUUAAACAAUUCUCUUGUGUCAACCCAUGGUGACGUUGGAGCACUUCUCGGGCACGGGUUCGGGUCCAAUUUGUAUGGCGAGAUGUCUCCCGUAGCACCCGGGUUUUUAUAUCUGCGGGUUUAUCGUUCGAUUAGAGACAUAAUGUUUCUCAGAGAAGAUAUCAUUUCAAUACUACUACAAUGCGUGAAGGAUAUAGCUUCUAACGGUAAAACUCCUAAAGGAAAGCACGAAACAAAGUACGGACAAGUUUCGGUUUCCGCUAGUUUGACCAAGGUCAAACUAGCCGCUCAGUUAGGUGCGUCGUUUUUAUGGAUAUCCGGCGGUCAAGGUUUAGUUCAAUCUUUAAUAAACGAGACAUUACCGUCUUGGUUUAUAUCCGCUCACAAAGAGGAAACGGGUGGGCCGGUUUCAAUGCUAUCCGGGUAUGCUCUCGGGUAUUUUACCGUCUUUUGCGGUGCGUUUGCGUGGGGUGUUGACUCGUCCAUGUCAGCAUCCAAGUGGCGGCCGCGGUUUCUCGGGUCCCACAUGGAGUUUUUAGCAAGUGCGCUUAACGGGAAGAUAACACUUGGGUGUGAUCCGAUUACUUGGCGGUCUUACGUGACGGGUUUUGUGAACUCGAUGGCGGGUUGUUUGCCGAAUUGGGUGGCGGAAGUUGAUAUAGAGAUUUUGAAAAGAUUGAGUAAAGGGCUGGUGCAUUGGAAUGAGGAAGAACUUGCACUUAAGUUAUUGGAAUCUGGUGGUGUGGGUACUAUGGGUGCGGCUGCUGAACUCAUUUGUCAAAGUGAUUCAUAGUAUCAUGUGCGGUUCUCCACUCGGUGUAAAGAUUCGGUUUCGGUUUUUGGUUUCGAUCCAACAUGUUGUAACUUAUCAGUGUAUUCAUAGUUUUAGAUUUAGUUGUACAUUACUUUCUAUGAGUGUGACCAAAGAAGUCUUGAAGCUGUAAAAGAUGUGAUAGAACACAUGGGAACCUUGAACCUGCUGAGUAGAUUAUUCUUGUGGGCAUUUCGGUGAACAGUUUGUGUGCGGUCCAUCGUUCAAAUUCUUACGAGUUGUUUCUAUGUAACGAAAUGCUAAAGUAGGGUUGCUUAUCGACUCUGUUUAUAGAAUUUGACCGAAAGAAUUUGAUAU